GUUGAUCGAAUGUUCAUCAACCGAGAAAUGCAAAACCUCGCAGCGCAUUUAUCGCAAAUCGUCAAAAGAUGGUAUCCAGAAAAAUAUGCUUCGAUGCCGGCAAAAAGUGGAAAACAUCGCGCUCUUGACGGAAUACUUGAAAGUAUUCAAGAAUUAAAGUGGUAUUGCCAGAAUGAAGAUAAACGUGUAUCAAGUUUCAAAAUUCAAUCCGAUCCUUAUAAAUAUUAUUGUUGUUAA